GCGUUGAAUUUUUGAACACGAUUUUGACUUGACUAACUACGAAUUCCCCACAAAAAUGGUCGAAGAUGCGGUUCCUCCUUCAGUACCUUCAAAGCCUUCCAUUAGACGUCAGUUUGUGAAACCGAGUCCUCAGACGCCCACACCAAACGGUGAUAUUCCAGCUACAGAAGCAACACUGAGGACGGCGUCCAAUGUUGGCUUCAUAACUCUACCAAACCAAAUACACCAGAAAGCUACUUCCCGUGGCUUCUCGUUCAAUCUCAUGAUUACUGGCUGCCCGGGUUUGGGGAAGUCUAGCUUCAUUAAUUCCCUGUUCUGUUCUGAUGUAUUCAACGCGCAUCAUUUGGGUCCCUCCAAGCGACCUGUACCACAGGGAGUACAAGUUGAUUCAUGGCUUUUCCUCCUUUCCGAAGGCCAUGUAAAGUUGCGCUUGUGCAUUUUGGACACACCUGGCUUCGGACAAUAUGUGGACAACUCCUCGUGUUGGCAACCACUGGUGGACUGCAUUGAUUCUCGUUUCGAAUCGUAUCUCCGCAAUGAAUUGAAAGUGUCUAGACAUACGGUUGGAUCCGGGGCGGACUGUAUGCCCAGUCUAACGGACGACUCCCGUGUACAUGCGUGUUUAUAUUUUGUCGCUCCCACCGGCCACGGCCUUCACCAGUUGGACAUUGAGGCAAUGAAACACUUGCAUAACAAGGUCAAUCUCAUCCUCGUCAUCGGCAAGGCUGAUUCUCUCACCCCAGACGAGUGUGCCGAAUUCAAGCAGGAGAUCAACCGCCAACUGAGCGAACAUGACAUACGUUUGUACGACUUUCCUGAAUCCGUUGUCAGUUCCGAAGGUUCCCUCAACGAUAAAACCCACCUCGAUGUGAAAGAGUGGCGAAAACGGCAGCCGUUUGCAGUUGUCUGCAGUGAUCGAACCAUCGUUCAAGCAGAUGGCCGAAAGGUUCGUGGACGAAUGUAUCCAUGGGGUAUGGUGGAGACAGAAAACCUUAGCCACAACGAUUUUCUCGCUCUGAAAAAUUUGCUCUUUAGCUAUCAUCUAUUGGACCUCAUCCAUGUAACUCACAGCAAACUUUACACCGAGUACUAUUGCGCGCGGUUGAUGUCUAUUGCACAAGCCAGUCAGUUUCAUGUUGAACCAGACGGUCGAGAACCUUUAUACCAACUUGAAGCGGAACGUCUGGAAUCUCAGAAAAAACUGGCUAUGCUCGAGGCCGAAAUGGAGACUGUAUUUGAACAAAAGGUUCGUGAACGAGCGUCCAAACUGAAGGAAAGCGAAAUUGAACUGGACAGCCAGAUCGCUCGAUUGAAUCAACAGUUGGCCGCGGAAAAUGCGGAGUUUGAGCGAUUAAAGCAUGCCUUUGAAGACCAAUGUUCCGUUUGGGAAAGCGAAAAUUAUGCCACCUUAGAGCCUCUACGUCGUGCUUCUCGCCGCCACAACUCGAGUACUUCUCGAUGUCGUGUGUCUUUCUCGUUCCCACGCUUCUCUGGGUUUAGAUAUCGCUCUGCCUGCUCAUCCCCUGAGCAAAAAUCUAAGCAAUCCACUGCGGCUUGUUCCGUUACCAAUCGCUCUGCUUCGAGGAUGGAACGACCUAGUUCUUGCUGCUAUCAUGCUGGUCUCUCAUCCAUAUGGGGCUGUACUGUCCAAGCUCAGGAGAGAGUUUUCAAAUCUCUCAGCAAUUUAUUACCGGAAAAAUUGUCGUCUCGCAGCUGCAUCUGUGUCUGCCAUACUCGUGGUGCUUCGGAUGACUGUAUGUCUGCAACCACCAAGCGAUCCUUCGGUCAUCUUCGUGAAAGGUACAGAGGUUGCACUGAUCCAGCACGUGGUACAAAACAGGCACCACCUCGAAUCUAUCGAUGAGCUCUACGAUCUCUGUAUUAUCUGUCACCACGUCUGAUUCGACCAUCCCUAGAGAAAUGGGAAGCAAAGGAGAAGGGGCGCUCCAAAUGGAAAGGAUUAUU